AUGCCGGAAUUGAUUGACUUACUUUUCCCCUGGCCUGUGGUCUCGACACUGGUGUCUCAUCUGGGAGUCGAAGACCUACUCCAACUUUCUCGAGCGAACAGCGAGGUUCGGGCUGUUCUACACGGCUUUCCACGCCCCAGGCAGCCGACUUCGCAGCUAGGUCAAAAGGAUGGAGCCACUGCCGAAGUGCGAAAGGAUAUCUUCGUCGGCUGGCACCAGAAUACAUAUUGGAAACAUCUAAAAAGUCUUGCGCAAAUGGAAUCCCUGUAUGUGACGCGUGUAUCGUUCGGGAAUCAUUCGCACAGCAAACCAGUGCUUGGCGCACUCGAACACGUCAUCUCUGCACAGAAUGUUGGACGCAAGGCAAUCCGCACAAAGGUCGCAAUUUCACGAAACCACCUUCGGCCUCAACAUCAUACAACUUCCUACCUGGUGACGGAGACUUUUGCCGCUGUACCGUGCAUGACGGAUGGCUUUGCUCGGGCUGUCGCAAGAAGCAGUGCGUAG